GCUCCUGGGCACUGUCGAAGAAUCGAGUCACUGGAGCAGAGCGCAACAGCGGCGGCGGCGGCGGCUGGAGUCCCCGCCCCAGUGUGAGUGUCUGGGCGGCUGGCAGCCGGCGGGCAGCGCUGUAGUAGCGAGCAGCGCGGUGCGGGCAGGAGGAACAGCACGCCGUAGUGGGGGCCGGAGAUUGCCGUGCUUGGGCGAUGCGCCUCGCCACGUCCCUGUGAGUGCCUGCAGCCGGGGGGAUUAGGAGAGCCUGGCCGAAGGGGGCUUUCUCCCCGUUCGUUUGGAAAGGGAGGCGGCAGUCGGUGCCAAAGCCUGCGGCAGCUGUAAAACACACAGCCUCUCCGGUGGCUAGAAGAGCAGCAGUGGGAAGAGGAGGGGGAGGCGGAGGCCGGGGACGAGGCGCGGGGCGCUCGCUGCCCCUGGACUGGGCCAUGUCGUCCGCCGCGGUGGCCGUGGCCGCUGCCUCCCGCAGGCAAUCGUGCUACUUGUGCGACCUGCCCCGCAUGCCGUGGGCCAUGAUCUGGGAUUUCACGGAGCCCGUCUGCAGGGGCUGCGUCAACUAUGAAGGGGCCGACCGGGUGGAGUUCGUCAUUGACACGGCUCGACAGCUCAAGAGAGCGCACAGCUUCCAGGAGGGCCGGGCCCCGCCACCGCCACCCCAUGCCAAGCAGCAGCCCCCGCCGCUCAGCGCCAAGGAGAUGCACUCGGCGGCGGCUGCAGCAGCCGAGGCGGCCUCCCGCGCCCCACAGCAGCCCCACGAGCGCUACGCGCUGGCCGCCGCCGCCGCCUCUGAGCGGCCGCCGCCGCGCCUGGGUGCCGAGUACGGAGGGGGCGGCAGGCAGGUUAAUGGCAUCCUGGUGCCCAACGGCUUCUCCAAGCCCGAGGAGCCUCCCGAGCUCAACCGGCAGAGCCCCAACCCGCGGCGGACGCACCCCGUGCCCCCCACCCUGGUGCCCCUCAUGAACGGCGCUGCGUUGCCCGCCGCCAUCAGCAUCAACAGCCGGGCGGCAGUGGCUGCAGCCGCCUCCUUGGCAGCCAUCUCCGGAGCCCCGACCCCGCUGCAGGUCUCGGUCUCGCAGGCGCAGCAGAGCCAGCAGCAGUCUGGGGAAGGGGGAGCGCACAAGCGGCCCGGCUCGGUCUCGUCGUCGUCGUCGUCCAGCGGAGCCAGCGGAGCCAGCGACCUAGAGGGCAAGGACAAGGGACAACAGCAGCAGGCGCGGGGCUCGGCCGACAACCUGGACCAGCUGGGGGUGGAGAGCAAGAGCCGAGGUGGAGCGGUGGCGACUGGCUCGGACCAGGACUGGGUGAGCAAGCCCAAGACGGUGCGCGACACUCUGCUGGCCAUGCAGCACGGCGCCCACGCGGGGCCCUACGAGAGCAAAUUCAAGAAGGAGCCCGGCAUGGCGAGCGGGAGGCUGCUGGGCUACGAGAGCAACGGGGCCAUGGCGAAAUCAGGGGCACGGGCAGCAAGGAAGAGAAAGCCUUCUCCAGAGCCAGAAGGGGAAGCUGGACCUCCUAAAAUCAAUGGAGAGGCACAACCAUGGUUACCAACUUCAUCAGAAGGGAUGAAAAUAACAAUGGCAGCUGCAUCUUUCAUGAAUCCCCCUCCACCCACUGCUUCCCCUCAUUCUAACCGGACCACACCACCAGAGGCAGUCCAGAAUGGCCAGUCCCCUAUGGCUGCACUCAUUUUGGUCGCAGACAAUGCUGGGGGCAACCAUGCCUCCAAAGAUGCCAACCAGGUUCACUCUACCACAAGGAGGAAUAGCAGUAGCCCACCGUCUCCGUCUGUGAACCAAAGAAGGUUGGGCCCUAGCAGGGAAGUGUCAACUCAAGGAGCAAACACUGGAGGGAUGGAGCCAGUGCACCCUGCCAGCCUCCCAGACUCUUCUCUGGCAGCCAGCGUCCCUCUGUGCUGCACUCUGUGUCACGAGCGCCUGGAAGACACCCACUUUGUGCAGUGCCCUUCUGUCCCGUCCCACAAGUUUUGCUUCCCUUGCUCCAGACAAAGCAUCAAACAGCAAGGUGCUAGUGGCGAGGUGUAUUGUCCCAGUGGCGAGAAGUGCCCUCUGGUGGGCUCCAAUGUCCCUUGGGCCUUCAUGCAAGGCGAGAUUGCAACCAUUCUUGCAGGUGAUGUGAAAGUGAAAAAAGAGAGAGACUCGUGACUUUCCCAGUUUCUCGGAGCAAUGUCCCCAUUAACUAAAACUGCUUGAAUUGUAUAUAUCUAUAAAUAUCUAUAAAUAUCUAUAUAUAUAAAUAUAUAUAUAUCCAAGACAAGGGAAAUGUAGACUUCAUAAAACAUGGCUGUAUAAUUUUGAUUUCUUUUUUUGAAUACAUUGUGUUUCUAUAUUUUUGAAGACAAAAAGGUAUGUACUUACGAGAGCAUUUCCUUUUUUUUUGUUAUAGCAACUCUUUGUUGUGCUUCCUUGGUGACAGUUACUGUUCAGUGUAGGCUGUGACUUGGGCUGCUUUUUCUACAGAGCACUUAGCAAACAAGAAAUGCUUCUAGCUGUAUUUGUAUGCACUUGUUUCCCCCUUCCCUCUUUUUAAAUGCCAAAUACAUCUUCUGACAUUGUAACGAUUGCCUUACUGUCUGUGAUUUCCUUAUUUUUGUCCUCAACUCCCACCAAGCUGAAGGCAUGCAGGUUUUAGAUAUAAACAUGGUGUUAAAGUUGUUGGUAGGAUUAACUCCAUAAUGCCCCUUAGACCAGUCUAAAUGCAGGUGAAUAUGAGAAAGCACAAGGGGGUUCUUGUGGAAGCAGUGUUCCCUUGUUGCAGCUGCAAGACUAUCAGAUUCUUGGAGUGACUUGUUUCUAGAAGGAAAUUUCCUUCAAAGCACUAUGGGAAGCGAGGAGCUGUUGCGUUAGGGAUUCUGUGAGGGGUUUUUUUUAAUUAAAAGGCAGAGUUGACCACUGUUCAAGUGGUUGAUUGUAAGAUUGCAAAACUGCAUUUAUUCAUUGAUUACAUAACGUUCAUGCAGAAUUUUUGACAUAGUUUGAUUAUUGCAUUAACCAUACAUUGAUGCAGACAGAAUAGCACUGCCAUCUUUUAAACAAAUCUGUACCUUUUCAGCAGCAUUCGAUAUUGCCAUUUUCUUCCUGUCUGUGUGGAAAUCUCUGAGGUAAGGUUUUUAAUAUGGUGCAGGUGGACUUUGAAUUUACUUACUAGAGACUAUUGUUUUUAUAGCUGACAUCAUAUUACCAGGUAGUGGCAGAUCCCAGCAUUUGAGGUUUUGCCAGGCUUGCUUAUGUUGACAGAAUAAAGAAGAAUGGAAAAUUUUACCUGACGUUUCUUAACAAUUGUGUUGAGAAAACAUUUAAUUCUCAUUUGAAUAAAAUGACUCGGAACUUAUGUCAACUGCAGCUUCACAUGGGCAUGCCUUGCCUUUUAGACUACUUUUCAAGAAUUCUUUUGUAAAAUUACUAUUUUGAUCACACUUUUUUGCAUAAGGCAGCAGACAUUUUUAACCAAUAAAUCAUCAGUUACUAGAAAUAGUUAAGCCUUCUUGUAGUGUUUUUGUGCUGUUUGCAGUUGUGUUAGCAACACUGCUGUGCAACCUCUUGUAGUUGAGUGUUUAUAAUAUGGUCGCAAGCAACUGUUUGAAGCAGAAAGGUGGUUAUAAGGUCCCCCCAUCUCUGUGGCAAAUAACACUAUACGUAUUGAUGUUGAAAGAAUCUGUACGACUAAGUUUAACAGUUUUGGAUGCUGUUUGGUCAGACUGUUCUUAUGUAAUAAUGUUCAGGCUGUUUUUUAAUGCAGAAUAGAUUUUGGUUUUUUUUUUAAUGGUCAUGACAUUUAAAAAUCCAAACUGCACAUGCACAGUAACUUUUCUUUUUGAAGUGUUUUAAUAAGCACAUCCACUAGCAUUGUGUUUCAUAUUACAGGUCAGUGUAAUAUUAAAUAACAAGAGUUGCAUGAUAAAUCAAUUCAUUACUCUUUAAAAUGAUAGAAAUACAUAUAGUCCAAACUGGUGUCUUAUGUAAACAUAUUUAGACAGUUUGAGAAAAAAACACACAUAUAUACAACUGUAAAGGAUUCUUUGGAACCACUAUAGUAUGUGGAAAUGUGUAUUUAGGCACUUUAUUAAAAUUGGAAUUUGAAUUGAUAGAUGGUAAGAAGUUCUUAAAAGUCUUUAUUGACAUGAUACUUCAUGUGUUAUACCAAUUUGUACCAUGGAGAAUCUGUGUUCUAAGAUAAUAUCCCAACUAAAAUUUUACAGAAAGUUCAUUGUGAUGUCCUGUCACAUAGUUCAGAUUUGAGCUUCUGAGUUGAGGUGGGAUGAUGAUAACUUUUUUUCUGGCUAUUGUUAUUCAGGAAUGUUGAGGUAUUAAGAGGCAUUUAAUUUGAAUCUCCAACAAAUGUCCUUUUAUUUACACUUACUCUUGAAUAAGGAUAUUCAUAUAUUGUAGCCCCUUGCUGUUCCUUAAAGUAGCUUAAAAUGUAGGAAAGUUUAGGUCUUAUACCAUUGAAAUGAAUUUUAAUGUUUUCCACCAGAUUAGAUAACUCUUUUCAAACCUGUUACAAUGACCGGGUCAGACAUAUAACUUCAUAUCUCAGAACUGUCACAAACUCAUAAAUGAUUUUUGGAUUUCUCAGACUUAUUGCCAUUUUAAUUUGUUUCUUGAUGAAUUUAUGACAUCUCAGUGGGUCAUUAUAUACUUACUAAACAUUUCCUUGGCUACAAAGUUUUUUUAAGUGCUUUAGCUGCAACAGUACUACCAUUAAUCUCUGAUAACAGUGGAAACCCUGAUUCCAUUGCAACCAAUGAGAACCAUCCAUGUCAAUGGAGCCAGGCUUGCACCCUUACUUUUUGGAAGUUUUUAAUGGUGAUAAUUUGUAUAGCAAUAAAGCAAAAUGUUGUUUUAAUGAGGUGUGAGAUUCUCAAUCUCACCUUCAGUACACUUUCAAGUUACUUUUAUUGAAAGAUCACCUGCACUAUGCUUUUGUUGUUUAUAGUUGCUAAACUUAACACAUUACUAUUUUUACCAAUUAUUUUUUAUCUUUUGCAUUAAAUAAAGUGAAAUUAGGAGCUUUAAA